UGCAAUAUUGGACUGUCUAUUCAAAAUGAGUUUAACUUAAGAAUCACGCUUUAUUAUUUCAAAAUAUUACGAAGAAAUCGCUGUUACAAAACAGUGAUCAAAACAGUAUUUAUCAUAAUUAUUUAUGAUUUCAAUGAGCUAUUAUCGAUAGUAAAAAGGAAACUAUAUUUUGAUGAAUGCUGAGCAGAGUUAGUCCACUCAUAUAAUGAGCAGCAGACCAAGGCCAGUCACAGCAACUGUGACCAAACCAAGAUGGAUGCAGACUCCAAGUCCAGAUACAAUGAGGAAGAUUCGCAGAAGAUCUGUUGAGUCUUCUGGCUCAACAGCAUCAUUAACAUCUUUACUGGACCAUAGUAGUUUUAACAGUGCUUCUGAAGAUGAGUUGAAAACUGAAGCAGAUGUGCCAAAAAUGUUUGACCUUGAUACUAAAGAUGAUGUUUAUAAUAAAAGAGAGAGAAAUUUCAUUGAUGGAACUUAUAGAAUUACUUCUGCUACAAAAUCCAAAUACAUAGAAAGUAGGCUUUCUGCUUGGGAACAAUGGGUGAUUGAAAAAGCCAAAGACGAUCAAAGGAAAAAGAUGUCUGAGAAGCAGAAAAAAGAAGAAGCGAAAAUCGAAAAAGAAAAACUUGAGCAAGAGAAACGCGCAAAGCAAAUGAAAGCUCAAGUUGUUCGCCAAUCGUGGGUGCAGAAAAAAAAUCAAGAAACCGUUUUGAAAAAGAAAUUAGAGAAAGAAAAACACAAUGACGAACAGAGAAAAAAAAAGGAAACCGAACAACAGAUCAAACAAAAAGCAGCUGAAAAAUUUGCAGAGUGGCAGGAAAUGAAAGCCAAAGAAGAAAAAGAGAAAAGGAAAAAAAUCAAAGAAGAAAACCAACGCUUGCAAGAAGAAGAAGCCAAAAGGAAGAAAAUGGCAGAGCAAAAAUUUCAAGAGUGGCUAAAGAAAGUGCAUAAAAGACCAAAGUCAGCCCCAAAUAGUUUUGGUUAUUUGUCUGGAAAGAUGACUGGUUAUCAUGACCGCAGUGCCUAUCCCCAACCUUCAUUCUUCAACCCGAUUCCCUGGCAGCCACCUCCUGUGCCUACAUCAACUAGUGCAGAGAAAAACCAGAAGACUAAAGUGAAGCCUUACAAGUGGAACCCUGAUAAAUACAUUUAAGGAUCAAGCUUCAGUGAACUAAUAUUUAAACCAAUUAAAAAAAAAAUGUCUUUUAUUAGUUUAAUAAUGAUGGAAAGUCCAACACAAAAUUUGGUGCAUUUUUUUUAAUUGAUCACAUGACUAUAUAUUUUUGACAAAAUAUUUCCUGACUCAGGUACUUUACCAACGUAACAUUGAGGUUAGCUUGCAAUGACCUUGAAAAUGUCCAAUAUUCCACAGGGUUAAUGUCAUGCAGUUAAAGACUUCAUUGCUUCUUUUUUUUUUUUAUUGCAAUCCCAAAACUAAAUAAAACUUACCUGCAAAGACUUAUGUAGCCAGACUAGUCUUCCUAGUCCAGCUCAUUCUCUUAUUUAGUCUUGUAUCUAGUAAUUUCAAUGAAGAUAUUAUGUUUUAGCGCUUAGUCUCAGAAUAGACAGUCUCCAGUUUGUGUGGUAGAGUUUGAUAUUGUUAUAAGGGAAUUUAUAUCAGCUCUUUUGCAAGUAUAAAAUGGAGGACAUUUUGGGUACCUGUUGUCUUGAUGCUUUUGUUCAAUGUAUGCUUAUAGUACAUAUUCAGUUAGCAUCACUAGACAGGAUGUUAACUAGGCCUCCAACAAAACUUAAUAUUUUAUGACUUAAUUGCUAUAUUGAUAUCCAUGAGUUUGGAGAGGGACUAGUAGUAAAACCAAACUGUAGAUUGACUUUAAGUGUUGGUUUGAGUAGUUUUUCAAUUUUAUGACCUUUUGUUUUUUUAAACAAUGAUCCUGCCCAUUCAAUAAGCAACCAUUUUUUGUGCUGACUCUGAAAGUUUUUGAGGUGAUUUCUUGCAACUGUGAUAUAAAUGUAAUACAUGUAUUUUUGUAACUAUUAAGUGUUCAUAUAAGUGAGAUGGCUCACUAUUUGACCUGUAUUACUUGUAACAAACAUAUUCCUGCCACUUAAUUUCUAAUAUUAUUAUUUAUGUGUGAUAGAAAAGAACAGAUUAAAUCAUUGUUUAAAAGAUUAAUAUCGUUUUUAGCUUCAGGUGAACAGCAAUAGUUUUGUGAGAGAGAGUGAGAGAAAAAAAAAUUUAGUUGAGAAAGUGCUUUACUUUUUGUAUUCCUAUAUAAUGUACUCAUUUAAUUUUUGGCAUAUUUUAUAGAUUUAAUACUUAUAGUGUACUUUUAAAUUUCAAAUGUACAAAAUGUGAAUUCGUGUUGUAUAGAAUUUGAAUUUAAUAAGACAAGAAAAUAAAGACAUAACUUGGA